UCCCAUGUAGUCAGUUCUCGUGAAUUUCUGCGAGAGUGUGCGAGUAAAGCAGGGUCUAUCUACAGUCUCGGCGGAGCUCAGAGAUUACAGUACAGCAGCGACCUCUGGCGAUAGGGAUGUGUUACAUUUCUCCGCGGAGUCAAUGAGAACAUGCCGCGAGGAUUCUAUAUCUUAUCACCAUCUAAGAUAAUUUUCUUUUUCCAAUCCCCAAUCAAUCAGCGACAACCACACUCCGAGGUUCACAAAUUCCAACGACUAUCUCUCCUAUUUAAUAGCGAGCAUGUCACUGAGCUAUCUCCCGGCGAAGUCUAUGGGCGGACCGGGUGUCGAAUUUUACGAAGAAAGUUCCGCAUUUGGUCAUGAGUUUCGUUGCUGGUAUCAAGUUACCUGUGCCACACCUUUGCUAUUCCGGUAUGCAUGAACUGAAGAUCAGUGGCACUAGGGGACUAGAAGGGAGACAUUCCUUACUAGUAGUACUUCAAUGACCCUUCCACUAGUCACAUUGCCUUCGUUGGACCAAGGACGACAGGCCGCCUACCGUAGUACGUGACCAGCAGCCGGGCCGUUGAGAGCUUAAAUGUAAACACAAACUUUGAUCGCCUGGAGCGACACUGAGUCGGACAGGUAAGACUUGAAGCCCGGCGGCCAUUUUAUAGCGACGCUCUUUGUCCCGUGAGAAAACUUGGUUAACGCCACACUGAAAUCGUAGAUCACCGUACAACCUCACGGUGACGCAGUAGAUAUCACCAAAGCUACCUGACUACGACGGUCACUGAACCAAGACGUCAUGCCAGGUGUGUGCACGAGGGGCCCAGGCUAAAAGAAAUGGACGACUGAGUUCGUAACUGUGUGAUCGGAUGCCGUGUAAAGGCCUAGCGCUGAACACGUUCCCGUGCCGUCCGCCCAUGGUGUGUUCGUUAACAGGUGUCAUGGGAAUGGCUUUGCAGGUAUACCUUGACUCAAGUUGGAACCGUGAAGAUAAGUUCUAAGUCGCGCCACAAAAAACAGCAAAACACAUCGCUAAGCUGACCUAAUAGAUAUAACUUGCAGGGGUGACAUUCAACAUGAUGUUGCUUUGGAGGACUCCAGUGUUGCUUCUUCUGUUGCUGUGCUUGGCUUCACAACGAAGCGAAGGGGCCCGGGCACAGAGGAAAAGAAAGAAAUCGAACAGACUUGAGACGAGAGACAUGGACUGCUCUUGGAACUGCUCUCAGCAGGGUCUUCCCUGCCGUGUUAAGAAAGAAUGCGGCUGGUGGUGUAACGCGUACAACAACACCCAUUGUCCCGAAACGCCCGCUAAACCGGUCCUACACGGACGCGGAGCCGAGCCAUUCGUGUUCCAGUCAGGCGAUGGCGAAUCAGCCAAGUACCACCUCGGCCUCAACGUUACAUGGGAACCGCCGGACGAUGGUUCUAUAGUGUUUGUGCGUGGAUUCCAGGUCCAUGUCAUGAGCAUGAACGCUAAAGACAUCGGCUGGACAGACUGUGUAACGUUAAACAUCACGGGUGCAAAGUUGUCCAUGGCAGACCCAAAGAGAGUGUUUUACUUCAACUGUUUCGAAAGUGAGCCUGGCAUUCCCAAAAGAUUCCUGCCUGGUGAGAAAUACCACAUAGUCCUGUACAGCAAGCCGGAGCAGGGACCACGGCAUAUGGACCAAAACGUCUCAGUGGACAUUACGAUGCCAGAUUGCAAUGCUCGUGGCAUGGAAGACGUGGAAGAGUGCAAAGACCCAGAGCAUUGGAAACCAGCGUAUAUCAACGUUUCUACGGAAGACAGCACCGUGAACGUGACCUUUGAGCCGGCCCCACUGACUUAUACCAUUGACGGUUAUUUUGUCUGGCUUGAGCCCGUUAAAGACGGUCAAGAGAUGUAUCAAGAGACGAAAGUGAACAAUUGUUCGUUUCCAGGCGUCCCGGAUGGAACAUAUAAAGUCAAACUAAGGUUGAAGAUGCGAGAUUGUGACUGUUAUGACUUAUUGUCAUUACCAUUUACCGUAAAAGGACCAACGACUCCCCCCUCUGAAGUCGACUUCACCCAGCUGUUGGUAGCGAUUGGCGGUAGCUUUGCAGGCGUGCUAGUCACGGGAGUUCUAGUGUUCCUCAUGUGGAGACGAGCGAAGCUCCAAACAGGCACAUGUACCCCAGAAGACGGUGCCCGACCAGACGGCAGCAGUGCAGUAGCAAUCAACAAUGUAAGACCUGGUGACGUUGACGAUGAUGACUCUAGCUCUACGGUGGCGUUACUUCAGGACAGACCUCCGGCAACCAACUUCUCCGUCAUGCCCGUUCUUCUCAUCUACUCCCAUGACCACCGGCUCCACGAGGCCACAGUGCGCGCCUUCGCCGCCUUCUUACGUCAGCAGUGCGGGUGUGACGUCACCCUGGACGACUACUGCAUGGAGUCGAUCGCCAGAAGAGGAAAGAUACCGUGGCUGUGUCAGCAGAUCAAGAAAGCUAAACGUGUCAUCUUGGUGUGCUCCGAGGGCACCAAGCGCAUCUGGAAGGACAUCGAGAACGCCGAGCCUUGGCCCCAGCCCCCUCACCCCCUUCCCUGUGGAGACAUGGUACGGCCCGCCAUCCACCUCGUCACAGCGGAGUUCUACAAAUCCAGUACCUUCGACAAGUACAUCACGGCGUACUUCAGCUACUCCAGCGAACAGGACGUGCCUAGUGCACUCAACGUCGGAAACAACUACAUGUUGAUGAAGCACUUUGAGGAACUUUACUUCCACCUGCUGAGGUGGACCCACCGCCCCGCCAGACCUGACAUCACCAUGCCGGAGUUAGGGGAGGACCAGUACCACCUGUCGGAGGCCGGAGGGGAACUAAAGCGGUGCAUCGAUGAGAUGACGGCGUUCCAGGCUGCCCACCCGACGUGGUUCCAGGACUCGCAGGGCAGCAGUCAGGCAUGUGGCGGGGGUGAGGACACCGGUGUCCAGCCACACAACGGCACUCCCAGUGAUGUCCUAGACAUUACGGGUCGUCAUGAUAACCACAGAUUCGGUGGGCUUUACUAUGGUUCUCAACCAGAUGGUCAAUGUCGCAAUGAUCAUGACUAUGACUAUGACCCGAGUCCAGAGAGUUUGGUCUCUUCUUUCAACGUGUCGAUGACUAACGAGUUGGGCAUGCAGGUAAACGGUCAUUUUCGUGGCCAGCCCAUGAUUGACCAGUCCAUGGCUGGCAUGAGACGAGACUUUUCAGACCUUGACGCCGUGUGUACCGUGCCCCCGCCACCUGUCAGGAACAGUGUAGACACCAGGAUGGUAGUACCGAACGGCGGGGUCAUGGAAGGUCACGCAAACCGCCGUGCGUCACCAGCUCGGGCUGUGGGCCAUCAGACGAUCCAAUCGGGUGACACUUCGGACUAUUCCGUAAUACCGAACCUUGCUACCCCAAAUCCGUUCAUCUCUCCGAGUGUGGCUCUCCUUGCCAGACAUGUCCAACAGGCUCAGGCAACUCAAGGAGGACAAGCAAGCGAGGAUGAAGGACUAGGUACCCUUAAUGUGUCACGAACGACAGACGUCUAAAACGGCCCAGUGCAUUGAAAUUUUCCCCACGUCUUUGUGUAUAAUAAUGUGUCUCUAUCUAAUGUUUUACAUUUCUAAUCAUUACUGCAUUGUUAUUGUAACAUGCGCCAUGCCGCUCGUCAUUAUAGAUGAGUUUGCCAAAAUUGCGGGUGGUUUGUUUGCACUACCGCAGCAAUUCGUCGCGUCGACAAGUGUUUUCACAACCAUCUAUAAUGAAUACGCGGUCUCAAGGCGUGUGUAUCUAAUGUUAAGUGGGUAAUUUUGUAAAAAGAGCAAUAGUUUGCGCUUGAAGUGCUGUACAUAUAUGCAUUGGAGUGUUCAGAUCGGAAGUUAGAUACGAGUUUGAUCCUGAUCAUAGUAUAUUGUAUUUCAUGAUCAAACAGAAUGGUCAGCCACAUGCUUGACGUAAACGGUCCCGUUCCUAGUUUCAACACUAUGUGUUUGUGAAUAAAACGAUCGCGCAAUAUGUGCAUCCUGCCUAAAGUCUUUCAAAAGUACUAGAUAACCGAAUAUGUAUGAGUUUUAGACGUGCUUUUCCGAAACCCAGAAGAACAUUUACCAAACGAUUGAACUUUUUUGUCAGAGCUUGUGUUUGAUGAUACAUGCUGUUGAGUAAUAAGCAUGUGUGUCCUUAAUCGUACUGUCUAACUCGAAGAUUUGUGUGUAUAGUACACUGUAUAUACUUUUCUGAAUCGUAGAUAACUGCACAGAAGAAUGUUGUUUUCUUGGAUAGCCAAAUGUCCUUCAAAGACCCAGUGUACCUAGGGUAACAUAUCUUAUCUACAAUUCGGUAAAUGUCUUAGUGUGUACUUUUUUGCAAUAUAACCAUGUAUCACUGACAGAUUCAAUGGCAAUAUUAAUAAAAGAAGAAUACCAAUUGCCUUUCAAAAUAUCCAGGACAAUAAAUCAUAUCUGGGAAGAUGUG